GCGCGUGUACUCGGCUGCUCUGGCAGCUAGAGUGUCCCUCCUCCAGGGAGCCUCGUGUGACCUUCCCGCCGGUGGAGCGAUGCUGCCGGCGGCUGCUCGCCCCCUAUGGGGGCCGUGUCUAGGGCUUAGGGGCGCCGCGCUCUGUUUGCAUGGGGUCUAGGCAACAGGUGCCGCGCAUCAGCACCGUGCGGCUGAUGCGAUGCAGCAGCCAUCGGAGGGGAGAGGCCCUCGCCGGUGCACCCCUAGAUAACGCCCCCAAGGAGUACCCCCCCAAGAUCCAGCAGCUGGUCCAGGACAUUGCCAGCCUCACGCUCCUGGAGAUCUCGGACCUCAAUGAGCUCCUGAAGAAAACGCUCAAGAUCCAGGAGGUGGGGCUCAUGCCCAUGGGGGGCGCGAUGCCCGCUGCUGCCCCUGCCGCCGCAGCCCCCGAGGCGGUGGAGGAAGAAGACAUCCCCAAGCAAAAGGAGCAGACACACUUCACCGUCCGCCUGACCGAGGCGAAGCCGGUGGACAAAGUGAAGCUGAUCAAGGAGAUCAAGAACUAUGUCCAGGGCAUCAACCUUGUGCAGGCGAAGAAGCUGGUGGAGUCGCUGCCCCAGGAAAUCAAAGCCAAUGUCGCCAAGGCCGAGGCGGAGAAGAUCAAGGCGGCGCUGGAGGCGGUGGGCGGCACCGUGGUCCUGGAGUAGGCUCCCCGAGAACUGUGGACAGGGGUCCCUGGGACCCGGAGAGGCCAGGCCGCCCCGCCCAGCACCC